AUGGCGUUUUAUUCGCAGUGCUACUGUAUUUUGAGCUUGUAUCUGUAUUUGUUAGUGUUUGGAAUGAGCUCUGCUUCUGCCCAACUUUCCUCUAAUUUCUAUUUCUCAACGUGCCCAAGAGCCCUCACUAUCAUUAGAACUGCAGUGAAUAAUGCAGUGUCCAAGGAGCAUCGCAUGGGGGCCUCCUUGCUCCGUCUUCAUUUCCACGACUGCUUUGUCAAUGGAUGUGAUGCAUCUGUUCUACUAGAUGACACUUCAAGUUUUACUGGGGAGAAGAGUGCAAACCCCAACAUGAACUCAUUGAGGGGUUUCGACGUCAUCGAUACUAUUAAAUCUCAACUGGAGGCCAUCUGCCCUGCUGUUGUUUCUUGUGCAGAUAUUCUAACUGUUGCAGUUCGCGAUUCUGUCGUUGCAUUGGGUGGCCCUUCAUGGACAGUUCCAUUAGGCAGAAGAGACUCAAUCACAGCGAGUUUAAGCGCCGCCAAUAACGACAUUCCAUCACCUUUCAUGGAUCUCAGCGACCUCAUAACUGUCUUCUCAAACAAAGGGUUCACUGCUAAAGAAAUGGUUGCUCUCUUAGGGUCACACACAAUAGGGCAAGCCAGGUGCUUACUAUUCCGCGACCGCAUCUACAACGAGGCCAACAUCAAUUCAACAUAUGCAGCCUCACUGCAAUCAACAUGUCCGACCUCAGGUGGCGACGACAAUCCUGCUCCUCUUGAUGCCACCAGUCCUGUCAUUUUCGACAACGCCUACUUCAAGAAUCUGGUGAACAACAGAGGACUUAUGCACUCGGACCAGCAGCUCUUCAACGGCGGCUCCACGGACUCUCAGGUCACCACUUACAGCAAUAGCCCUGCAACUUUCUACAGGGACUUUGCCGCUGCAAUUGUGAAGAUGGGAAACCUUAGCCCGCUCACCGGAACCAAUGGCCAGAUUCGAACCAAUUGCCGGAAGAUAAACUGA